AUGAUCGAUGCCAUAUCAUUUCACCAUUUGGUCCUAUAAAUUAUUUACCAUUUGAUCCUACAAUCUGUUCACUGUCUGCUAGCUGCACGACAUUAGGGUGUGUGUCAAACAUGAACGACAAAAUUUUAGAAUGGGCUUAUAAAAAAGCCGUCGAAGAAUCACCAGAAAAUUUUCCAAUAUAUUUAUACGAAAUAUUUAAAUUAUCAAUAGAAAGAAAAA